CAAAGAAUUAAACAAAGCCAAAUCACACUCGCUAUACUUCCAAUUUUCUUUCCCUCCUUAUUUGUUACUUUUUUCAAACAUUAUCGGUUAAUACUAUCUUCCUUCGUCCUAUUUUCACCUUCUUUUUCAUUAUCUCUUUUGCAGCGGCGGAUCCAGGUGUGGGUAGAGCACUGGGCCACAUUGAAAAAAAAGGCAGAGAAAGGCUGGAUCGUAACACGACGAACACUGAAACGAACACCUAAACGAACACAAAAAAUCGAAAAUUUACAAGUGCUAUACUAGCUCUGAAUCAAGGGAGGGUUGGGCCGUGGCCCGGGGGCGGCCCCCUAGAUCCGCCGCUGCUCUUUUAUUUUCGUCUUUUUCAUUAAACACGAAUACGAGCAUGACACAAGCACGAAUAGGCACGACACGAUUCGAACCGUGCCCGGACCUGGGCCGGACCUAGCAAAGUUAACAAAUGGGCUUGAGAGAGCAAACUGAAGAAACAUAUAUUAGUUGUGAGUUUGAGAGAGCAUGUUGUGAUAUGAGGAGGCAACAAUGUGGACAGGUUUUGUAGUGAUGAGAUUCAAUGAGACAACAACGAACUUCAUGACGACAUUAUUGAUGACAAGUUUCAGUUGCAUGUAAUAGUUAUGAUCCUCGUGAUUGAUUGAGUUCCUCGACAGCACUAUAUAAUUUAGGAUCAAAAUGUGUCAUAAAUUAUAAUUAAGUAAUUUAAUUUGUAAGUUAGAACGAUAUUAAAAAAAUUUAGAGACCGAUAGCAAUACAACAUUUUCAAAAUUAGACUUUUAGGGGUCGUUUGGAAGUUGUGAUUGUUAAAUAGAAGUAUUGUUGAGAAUGCAUGUAUAAUGUUAUAAAUGUAUUGUCGAAUUUGAUGCAUUGUAGAAUACAACGUUUGGUAUGUGUGAUUGUGUAUGUCGCAUUAGCUAAAACCUAAAAGCUGACAACAAUUUUAACUCAACUAUCUCAACAAUCACAACUAAAAGUUGAGAGAUAUCGGUCACAUCAUAGAAAUAAUCCAUGUAUUGUUUCUGCUAAAAAACAAAAAAAACGAUGCAUUGUAAAAAGAAAAAGAAUAGCAACUUCCAAACCACCCCUUAGAGCAUAUAACACAAGUAUAAUGAUCUGCAAAAAGAAAAAGAAAAAGUAUUUUCAUUUUUCAACCUUUCGGUAGGUGGGGGCCAUAAAUCAAAUGAAGAUUGAAGAAGCUCUUCUUCGAUUGAGAUUCACGAAGCGCGGAGCAGAGGAUCUUAUCUACUUCCACGGUCGGGGUUUGUCAGGAUCUGUCGAGAGCGAGGGCAAGAUGGUCAAAUCGAGCAAUCCAAGUUCUACCCUUUCUUCUUCUCCGCCUUCUUUAAUAAACAGAGAGAGAGAGAGACACGAGAGUGGUAUUACAAUUUACAACUCAACUGACACUGCCGGGGAAGGAAGGGCUCUCUCUUUUUGUCCCUCUGGGGUUUUCUAGAUAGGGUUUCCGCUUACAAUUUGUCGAGUUUCGGAUUUGAUUUCUGUGGUUCAUCUGAGAUUUCAGUCCAGUGAGAAUAGCUUCGUUGUUUUGGUUCCCCCAAAUCAACUCACUGUCUGUCCAGUUCGAGAAAAUUCUCCUGUUCGUUUGAUGGGGAUCUACUUUCUGGGGAAAUAAGACUCAGUGGCAUGGGAAAAUCUUCUUUUAAGGAUUCACUCAAAGCUCUUGAAGCUGACAUCCAACACGCCAACACUCUUGCCUUGGAUUAUCCGAGGGAGAAGGAUGGAGCUCGCGUUCAGAUGAGAUUGUCAUACAGCCCAGCUGCCCAGUUCUUUCUGUUCCUUGUUCAAUGGACUGAUUGUCACCUUGCUGGCGCCUUUGGCUUGCUCCGGAUUCUCAUUUACAUGACCUAUGCUGAUGGGAAGACCACUAUGUCUGUUUACGAAAGAAGAGCCAGCCUCAAAGAGUUCUACGGAGUGAUAUUUCCUUCGUUGUUGCAACUUCAGAAAGGGAUCACAGAGUUGGAGGAUAGGAAACAGAUGGAGGUGUGCACCAGCAAGUACAGUAGAGAAGAUGAGUGUGACAGAGGGGAAAUGUCUGGGAUUGACGUUGAAAGAGAAGAUGAAUGUGGGAUAUGCAUGGAGAUGAACCCUAAAUUUGUGUUGCCUGAUUGCAAUCACUCCAUGUGUCUCAAAUGUUUCAGGGACUGGCGUGAAAGGUCUCAGUCAUGCCCAUUCUGUCGGGACAGCCUGAAGAGGACGAAUUCUGGGGACCUUUGGAUAUUCACAGACAGCUCUGAAAUCGUAGACUUGCCUAGUAUUUUAAGGGAGAAUUGCAGGAGGCUUUUCAUGUACAUUGAUAAGUUGCCACUCAUUGUUCCAGAUCAUCUUUAUUCCAUGUGAUCGCCAUUGCCAGAUUAUGGGCCUCAUGGCCCUUGGCUGGCGCCUAGAUACUCUUCUUGUAUAGCAUGUUCCUGUAUAUCAGUAUAUCUUUUCCUCUACCGGUAACAUGUCAACAAUGUAAAUAUUCUCCUGGCAAUAGAUAUGGUUGAGUGGUGAAUUUUCAACAAGGUUCUUUCAUUUUUCUACAGUAGCAGAAUGUUGAAAUACGAACAUUAGAAUGAACAAAUGAGACUGGGGAUA